CUUUCCCUUCAUAUCUGUAACCUAAUGGUUUCUCUAAGGGACGGUACUAAAAGAAGAAGGCAAAAUCUGAAAUCGUUGUAUAAAGACUUGCAAAUAUACGCGGAAGAAGUUGAUAAGGGAAACGUUAUGGGCUCAGUAAGUUGAUGGGCUAAAUUUUCAUGUCAACUUAUACUUGUAACCCCCCAACAUUAAAGGCAUCUUUUCCUUGAUGAACAGACAUUUGAUAUGCCCAGUCAUCAAAGUUUGCGAGAUUCAUCAAAUAUUACCGAGAAGAAUGGAAAGCUUAGCACUGCAAGAGACCGUUUUAGUUUUAAGCUAGCUGGAAUUGUGACAGAUGUCACAGACACUUGCACUAGUAGCAGCAGUAGCAGUAGUAGUAGUCGUGGCAGUAACACCACCAUCUCAAAUGUCAUCACCACUGUUACAUCAAAAAGUACACAGCCAUCGAAUAACCGAACAAGCAUCAGUCAAUCUAUUAUACCUCCAAAACGGUCAUGUUCUACACAGUCGUGCAACAAAAGAGAAUCAGUGCGUACGAAUAUAAGCCGUAUUUCACUUCAACUGAACGACCCUUAUAUGCAUACUCCCACUGCAUUUCUCACAGAACUAACAAUUCGUUUCAUUUGUAAAGUCAACGAACUGAUCAAAACACGAAAAAUUUUCUCUUCUAACGAAUACCCUAAAAGUUUCACUGGCGAAGAGGCUGUGGACCUUUUAAUCUUGAUUGCCGGAUCAGAAGUUAAGAGAAAAGAAUAUAAACGGAUCGCUAGAAUGAUAAUGCACAGUACUCCUCCUGUAUUUUUACCUAUUAAUUACUCUGAAAAAUCAAUUAAAAACAAUACACUUUACGAUUCAGCAAAGGAAGCCUAUACAUUAAAUGAAGAUAGCUCAGACAAUAUUACAGACAGAACCCAAGAAUGCUUUCCACAAAGCGUGUUUACACAAUUUUUGGAUUGCUAUACACCUACUUGUAGUAGAGGAUCCAACGGCUGUUACGCACCACUGUGUCCAAAUCGAGGGCCACAAAUACACACCAAAACCAAAAUUUUGAAUAAAGAUUUGCAAAGAAAUAUUUCGUUUUCGUCAUCCAUGGCUUCAUCACAGGAUACACUUGUGUCUAGAUGUUGGGCCAAAACAAUACCGCGUGAGACACUGCAAAAAACACCGCCCAGAGAAAUGAAGAGACAGGAAGCUAUUUUUGAAUUGAUUUAUACUGAAGAAGACUAUGUUCGGGAUCUGAAUCUUUUGGAGGAGCUUUUCGUCAAACCGCUUUCAGAGGCACAAUGUAUUGAGCAUGAACGACGAACACAGUUCUGCAAUGACAUUUUUGGAAAUUACAAGCAAAUUCUGGAAACACAUAGAGAUAUGUAUCGCGAUUUGCGUGAUCAUCAAUUAUCAAGCCAGGAACACGAAACGAAGGAAUAUGGUAUUGGAUUUGUGGACCACAUUGGUCAAGUUAUUUUACGCUAUGUUGAUCAAUUCUUGGGCCUUUACACCGAAUACGGCCCACAUUUUCUUAUGGCAGAAUACAUUGUCAAGAAAGAGAUGAGUCACAAUAUAUUAUUUCACAACUUCAUUCGCGAAAAGGAGAAGCAGGCAGAGACACGGAAAUUGCCCUUUCGCCACUUCAUUAUUCUACCAAUCACUCGACUGCAACGCUACCCUUUAUUAUUGGACGCCAUACUGAAACGGACCACUGACGAACAAGAGAGACGAACAUUAGCCAUCUGCAUCGAACGCAUCCGUAAUGUGACGACGAGAGUAGACCGUCUUACAGACGAUAUGCGUCAAACGCUACGAAUACGUCAAAUCAACGAUAAAAUUCGUUUCAAACCCAAUCAUCCACGAUACAAUCUUGAUCUAUUAAGGAAAGGUCGAAAAUUGAUUUACGAGGGGCCAUUAAAGCGCCGUUCACAUUUCGUUGAAUCUGUCGAUCUUUAUGUAUUUCUGUUCGAUCACAUCUUAUUGAUGACGAAACCAAAGCGAGUCAACAGCAAUAGCAGUAACAGUAUAAGUAGUAGUAACAGCAGCAUCCAAGGCCAUAUGGGCAGCAGAGAUGAACCGGAUUACUUUAUAGUAUCAAAGAAUCCUAUACCUCUUGAUUUAUUAAUCGUGGGUGAUGUCUCUGAAAAUUUUAGGUUUGGAACGUUUAGAGCCAAUACAUCUAAAACCUCCAGCUCAAACUCUUCUUCUGGAUUGAACAGUGGAGCCACAACUUCAUCAAUGAGUAGCUUAAUACCCUCUUCAACACGAACAUCUACCCAAGAGCUCAACACAACACCCUUUACAUCUACUUCGUCAUCCGUCGUUAAUCUAUCUUCCUUCUUAAUCCGCCAUUUAGGGCAACAUGGCGGCGAAUAUAUACUUUACACAGAUACCCCAAGUUCGAGAUUGAUCUGGAAGCAAAAAAUUUCUAAAGCUCAAGCUGAUUUAAGCACAAAGAGGGAGAUGAAUAGCGCGUUUCAGAUGGUGACAAUUAGCGACACCAACUUUUCACUUGUCGGCACAUCCAGCCACCAUUCAGGAAAAGUGACGUGUGCCGCAUCUUUUGUCGGUAACAACGGAAUGAAAAUGGUUGCAUUGGGAACACAACAUGGUGUUUGGAUAGGAAAGGAAAGUGAUACGAAUGGCUUGACCAAAGUUUUGAUGGCUGAUGGUGUGACACAAAUUGGUGUUAUCGAAACGCAUAAGAUUCUUCUUGUCUUGGCAGACAAAAUCCUAACAGCUUACCCACUUGUCCAAUUGGAUCCUUUUUCACCAACAAAUACCCUUUCAUCAAAAGCAUCUGGCGGCAAAAAGUCUUCAGAUAAAGAAACAGUAAUCAGUUCAAGGAUUAUAUCCCAGCACGCAAUUUACUUCAAUACAGGAACAUGUAAUGGAAAGACCUUGAUAGUAACAAUGAAAAGGAAGAAGCCGGAUAGUCAAUUCAAAGUAUACGAAAUUGUUUGCGGCAAUUUGAGCGAUCCAAGAAACGCUAAAUAUCUUGUGACGAAAGCAUCGUUUAUAUUGAAACCACCGCCAUGGUUUCGAUUAUAUAAGGAAUUCUAUGUUGGAACUGACUCAAGGGCCGUCCAUUUCCUGAGAUCAAAGCUAUUGGUUGCUUGCCCACAUGGUUUUGAAGUAAUUGAUUUGGAGCAUUUGGAUGAAACACUACUCAAUCUUCCCGAUUUGAAGCGACGCGAAUUCAACUUCAUAGUUUCUUCUGAAGCCAAGCCUUUGAAUAUAUUUCGAUGCGAUGACAAUUUCUUACUAUGCUAUGAUAAAUUUGGGUUUUUAAUCAGUACUCAUGGCGAUUAUGUUGUUGACAAGUAUAAAAGAAUCGAGUGGGAAAGUAGCCCACAGUCUUUUGCAUUCUAUUAUCCUUAUGUGGUUGCUUUUGACCAUCAGUUCAUUGAAGUUAGGAACGCCAAAACAGGAAAAUUAGUACAAAUUAUCAUAGCUAAUAAUACCAAGCAACUGCGCUCUGCUACCAAUAACGCCAAUACACUAACAUCUACCAUAUACGGUUGCGCAACUCAUGAUUUCAAAUAUGAUUAUCAGCAUAUAUUUAAAUUGGAACCACUAUUUUCAUAACGUAAACUUUGGAUUUAAUUGCAUAAAAUUUCACUACUUCAUUUACAUGUAUACGAUCUGUAAUUUAUAUUCUGAUAACCUUGUAAAUUAAAAUUUCAAAUAGAAUAAUGUUUAAUGUUUUAGGAUGUUUCCUCUAGUAAAGAGACUGCAAUAGCUCUACAUAUUCUACA